AUGGCCUUCCACUUUGACGCGCGGGCAGACUCGAGCGACGAAGACACUCCUGCAUUGGACCUAUCAAGCUGGAAGAAUCGCGCCGCGGGAUCUACAAACAAUGCUCCAAGACCUGCUCCAGCUCCAGCUCCAGCUCCAGCUCCAGUUGCGCCGAUGGUCGUGAACCACGAUGCCGAGGACUCCGACUCCGACAACAGCACGCCCGACCUCGCCGCGUUCCAGGCCUCCGAUCGCAAACGCAAGAGACCUUCGGCUACUCCAUCACCAGUCGUGCCUUCCUUUCAAGCGAUCAAUUCGGCAUCAAAGCGUCCAGAUGGACAAUCCACCUUCGAUCUGGGAUCCGACGAUGGCACACCAGAUCCAGCGUUGCAGCUUCCAGCCUCUGAGGACGAAGAUCAAGAGGAGGAGGAGGUCGCGAGGCCUGCUGAGCAGAAGAGGUUGAUGGUCGUCGUAUCGAGGAAAGAGGGCAAGAGACGCAAAAACUACAGGGACCUUCGAGCAGGCGACGAUAACGUUCGUCGUGUGUUGAAGGAGUCGCAAGAGCAGGAUGGAACGGUCAUGUACAAGGUCUUGUUUGAUGAUUUUCAUGUUGAGAAUGUACCAUUCGAAGAGCUGUUAGGUCUCGAUAACGGCCAAGAAGCACUUGACGUUUUUGGUGAGGGUCCUCCGUCUGACGACGAUACGCCACCACCUCAACCACGCACCAAACGCACCAAACGAGCGAGGAUGUCGUCAACCCGCCCAGGCAGCAAGCGUACACGUCCAAGCAACGGCAUGGUGUCGACCGUCGACUAUGUAGAUGGCUCAGACAUCGAAGCUUCAGAGACCGAGACCACCACGCGCGCACGAGGUCGAAAGCGCAAGCAAGACAUCACACGAUACCUGGACCAGGGGCCAGAGGACGAUGACGAUGACGAUGAGUCGGACGACGAGCUCAGCAGACCUACCAGGCCCACUCGCCGCAACGCAAAGGUUCAGCCAACCGGCAGGACCCUCCGUACUAGGCGUACUUCCACAGGACUUACAGAGUCUGAGGAUGAUGACAGUGAUCCCAUGGCAGUCCUCCAAUCUGAUGUGCGGCCAAAACGCCGCAAAGUCAAGACGAGCAAAUUCGACUCCUUGAAGUCAGAGCGCGCCAGCGAGCGUCAGUCUGCACGAACGACUAGGCACAUUGGUGACAUGGAAGAAGUUGGCGAAGAGAAUAUCUGGAGAUCGGAGUCAGAGGAGCGUGUGGCUGCUAAGCCAAAGGUCACAGUCACUCGUGAGAUCUUCAAACCCCUUCCACGAAACGACGAGUUCCGCAUCCGACACAACCAGUACUGCGAUACGUGCGGACAAGGCGCCAACUAUGCACCAUUGGUCGACUGCCAGGGCUGUUCGCUUACCUACCACAAGAGCUGUCUUGGUCAUCGGACUGGCAGAGAGCACCUCGUCACGAAAGUUGACGAAGGCGAGUUCGUCCUGCAAUGCCGUCGCUGUGUGGCAAAGGCGCACGAGAAGGAGCCGACCGCGCCAGAUCAAGGAAGGUGUCAGGAGUGCAAGCAGCACGGCCUUGGCUGCAGACCCUUCCGUCCACGCAAGACACCGGGCCAGGAACAGCGAGAGCGCGACGAGAAUGAUGGCGUCGAUCCGAUCUAUGAAGUCGAUCGUUCGCUCAUCAACAACGCCGACAACGUACUGUUCCGUUGCUUGAGCUGCUUCCGUGGCUUUCACUUUGAGCAUCUACCAUCACGUUCCGACAUGAUGGAUCUUGACAUGGAUGCUGAUGCUGAGCAGCGCUUUCGUGAGUACAGUCGCGAUUGGAAGUGCAAAGACUGCCUCGACGCACCUGCGAAGGUUUCAGGCAUCAUCGCAUGGAAGCCAUUGGAAGAAGAUCUCUAUGAUCCGGCGACUGGCUUCGAAGGCGUUCCAGAAGACGAGAAGGUCUAUCUCGUUCGAUGGGAAGGCAUGUCGUACUUCCGUGCUCGGUGGGUUCCAGGACCUUGGGUAUGGGGCAGCACGACUCACAUGAUGCGCAAAGCCUUUGCGAAGCGCGAUGACUCGCAACAUCCCAAGAUGCGCACCGAGGACGCCAUCCCAGAGGACUAUCUGCGUACCGACAUUGUACUCGACAUUAAGUUUACGAGCAUUGUUGAUAUCCAGACAGAAGAAGUCGACAAAGCGCGCAUCCGCGAGGUUGAGAAGGCUCUUAUCAAAUACAAGGGACUCAACUACGAGGAUGCCGUAUGGGAAGCGCCGCCAGGACCUGAUGACGGCGAGCGUUGGUCCGACUUCGUGCAGGCGUACAACGACUGGGUUGCUGGUCGCUAUGUUCGCCUGCCCAAGCAGUCUGCACUCAAGACCCGUCUCGAAAAAGCACGGAAAGAGGACUUCCAGAAUCUUGAGAAGCAAGCGCAGCCCGACAACGUCGAAAGCGGCAAGUUGAUGGACUACCAGAUACAGGGUCUCAACUGGCUGUACUACAAGUGGUUCACCCAAAAGAACGCAGUUCUGGCAGAUGAGAUGGGUCUCGGCAAGACGAUCCAGAUCAUUGCUUUCCUGGCCACACUUGUGCAGGACCAUAAUUGCUUCCCGUUCUUGGUCGUUGUACCAAACUCAACCUGUCCGAACUGGCGGCGUGAGAUCAAGCGCUGGGCUCCGAGCUUACGAGUGGUUGCUUACUACGGAUCUGCUCAGUCUAGAGAGAUGUCAUACAAGUACGAGCUGUACCCGGAGAACGCCAAAGAUCUUCGAUGCCACGUCGUUGUCACGAGCUACGAUGCUGCAGCUGACGAGAACAACCGCAAAUUCUUCAGGCAUGUCGCUUGGCAGGGAAUGAUUGUUGAUGAAGGCCAGCGACUCAAGAACGACAAGAACUUGCUUUACGCAGCACUCCGUGCAAUGAAGGUCCCAUUCAAGAUCCUGCUCACAGGUACGCCGCUGCAGAACAAUACCCGCGAACUUUUCAAUCUACUUCACUUCCUGGACGACAGCUAUGACCCAGCGAGCUUGGAGAAGGAAUACGAAGAGCUUGACCAAAACAAGAUCACCGAGCUGCACGAUCUGAUUCGACCAUUCUUCCUUCGGCGUACAAAGGCUCAGGUUUUGACCUUCUUGCCGCCGAUGUCCCAGAUCAUCGUCCCGGUGAGCAUGACCUUGGUGCAAAAGAAGCUGUACAAGAGCAUUUUGGCCAAGAACCCAGACUUGAUGAAAGCGAUCUUCAGCACCGAGUCCAACGCAAAGGCCACCGAGCGAGGCAGUCUUUCCAACAUUCUCAUGCAACUGCGCAAGUGCCUAUGCCAUCCCUUCGUAUACAACCAGAGUAUCGAGGACAGACAGGUCGACCAAGCUUCAUCUCAUCGCAACCUCGUGGACGCCAGUAGCAAAUUGCAACUUUUGGAACUCUUGCUACCAAAACUGCAAGCACGAGGUCACCGUGUACUCAUCUUCAGCCAGUUCCUUGAAAUGCUCGACAUGGUCGAGGACUUCAUGGACGGCAAUCAAUUCCGCUACCAGCGCCUGGAUGGCAAGAUUAAUGCUCUUACCAAACAGAAGCGGAUAGACGAAUUCAACGCGCCCGACUCUCCGCUUUUCGCGUUCUUACUUUCGACUCGAGCAGGUGGUGUCGGCAUCAAUCUAGCGACUGCGGACACCGUCAUCAUCCUUGAUCCAGACUUCAACCCGCAUCAGGAUAUCCAGGCGCUCUCACGUGCGCAUCGGAUUGGUCAAAAUAAGAAGGUCUUGUGCUUUCAGCUGGUCACCAGAGCGAGUGCCGAGGAGCGGAUUAUGCAGAUUGGUCGCAAGAAGCUGGCUCUCGACCAUGUUCUGAUCCAAGAGAUGGACGCCGAUGAUGCUGAUCAGAAUGACCUCGUGUCAGUCCUUCGUCAUGGUGCUGGUGAGCUGUUCAAUGACGAUGGAUCGCACGACAUCGUGUAUGAUUCUACCAGCGUCGAGCAUCUCCUUGACAGAAGCCGCAUCGAGACUACCACAUCAGGCACCGACAAGAGCGCAGAGUCCAGUUUUGCAUUUGCUCGUGUCUGGGCCAACGAUCAGGGCGCAUUGGAGGAGGCCGCGAUGCCUGAACUCGAAGAGUCAGCACCAGAUCCAGGUGUCUGGGCUAACAUUCUCAAGGAGCGUGAGCGAGUCGCUGCUGAAGAGGCUGCUGCCAAGGCAGAAGCAUUCGGACGUGGUCGCCGCGCACGCACAAACAACGUUGACUACACUGGAGAGGUUCCGGACGGCGCAGAGGAUAUUGGCUUGACCCCUAUCAAGAAGAAGAAAAAGAAUCGUGAUGAUGGCGACGGCAGCGAUACUGACUUCCAAGCUGAUGAUAGUGACGGUGAUGAUGAAGUCGAUGGUGAGCAAUUAGAUGGCGAGGAGGUGAGAGGCUUGCAGCCCGAUGGUACUAAACCCGUGACAGGUCUUGCAAAAGGCAAAGGUAAGCCUAGCUCCCCAAAGACGAAGAACACUUCGCUCCCUAUCCCAGCAAAGGCACAAACGACGCCCAAAAAGCCAGUGGCCAAAGCCCCGGUAGCAAAGAAGGCUGAGAGCACACCGAAGAGCGCCGAGACGACACCAAAGACUCCUGCCGCUAGCAGGAAGUCUGCUGUUGUCAAGGGCGCCUCUUCAAAAGCUCAGCCUUCACCCACCAAGCAGAAGGGUACCGGUGUCAAGAAGUCCGAGGCUGCUCGUAAGAAGGCCGCCCAGAAGGCUUCCUCUGCACAUUCGAGCCCAGAGAAAAUGAAGGCUCUGGCUGAGGAAGCACGUGUCAUCGCUGAGCGCACUACCAAUGCGCAGAGUCCUACUUCUCCCAUGAAGGAUUCUGUCUUGGGCCAGUCGCCCAGUGAGCCUAUCUUGAUCGACCUCGAUGAGAGUGUCAUCCCAACGUUCCAGCGCGCACACGUACCGAAGCCUCAGAUCAUCGACUUCAAGAACGUUGCACCGGCAAAUGCCAUGGACACCACGAACGGCACCCCACAGCCACCUGCAACGAACGAUAAAGCUGCUGGUGUUAACUGUCGUGCAUGUGCAAGCUUCCAUCCUGUCGGGCGCUGCCCCCUCAAGCUGGCUGGUGUAGAGCACUGCAACCUGUGUGGCAUAGCUCACUACGGCCAUGCACGAGUGUGCCCGCACAUCCAGUCAGAGACACAGGUGCGCGCUAUGCUUGAAGCACUGAAACACUCCAACGAGCCCGAGCACUUGGUCAACGAAGCAAGGCGAUAUUUGCGUGGGUUGAAGGGCAACUUGGUACAGUUGAAGAAGCAAAAGGAGCUCAAGGAGCAAGCUGCCAGGGAUUCCUACGCCCAGGCUUUCCAGAAACCCAGCUACGACGCUCCUAUCGCACCCAUGACGACUUCCUACCAGAGUCCUUGGCCAUCGUACUAG